AUGUGGGAGAAAUCACAAGAUACCAAGGGCGCCUUGCCGCCUGACGUUGAAGAUGCCCCGGAAGAUGGCGAGGUCAUCGAGACACGCCAGAACCUCACGUCGAAGAUUGAAGCUGAUCUGUACGACGAACGAUAUGCAUCCACCAAGCGCGGACUGAAGAGUCGCCAUCUACAGAUGAUGGCCCUGGGAGGAACAAUUGGUACCGGUCUGUUCGUAGGCAGUGGCCAAGCUCUAGCAUUGGGCGGCCCAGCCUUCUUGUUCGCAUCGUAUAUCAUUGUCGCAUUUCUCGUCUUUUUUAUCGUCACUGCCAUUUCCGAGGUUGCGUCUUACUUGCCGGUGCACGGAGGAAGUAUGAGUUACUACGGAUAUCGAUAUGUCUCCAGCAGCCUCGGUUUCUCAAUGGGGUACCUGUAUUGGUAUUCACUAGGAAUUCUGGUUCCGUAUGAGAUCACAGCCGCUUCCUUAGUGAUAGGAUACUGGGAUCCAGAAGGUCACAUCUCAAUUGGCGUUAUGCUGGUGAUCAUCGUCGGACUGAACCUGCUGCCUGUCAGUUUCUACGGUGAAUCGGAGUUUUGGUUUUCCAGUCUCAAAGUCAUCCUUCUCGUCGGUCUCCUGAUGUUGUCGUUCAUCCUUUUCUGGGGAGGCGGUCCGAGCCAUCAGCGACUAGGAUUCCAUUAUUGGAAACAUCCGUAUACAGCAGGGAAGACAUAUAUAGUGGAUGGCAAUGCCGGACGAUUUGUUGCCCUCCUACACUGCAUUAUCCUGAGUGCCUUCGCCUUCAUGUUUGCGCCGGAACUGAUCGUCAUCGGAGGCGGCGAGAUGGAGUCCCCUCGUCGCAACAUCCCUCGCGCGUCAAGACGCUUCUUCUACCGUCUCGUGUUCUUCUAUAUUCUGGGAACCCUCUCCAUCACGGUUAUCUGUCCAUCGGACAGCAAGAAGCUGACAAACGGCGGUGCUGGUGCGGGCUCCUCGCCUUUCGUCAUCGGUAUCAAGAAUGCUGGUAUACCAGUUUUGGACCACAUCGUCAACGCAGUGGUACUCACAUCGGCCUGGAGCUCCGGAAAUUCAUUCCUGUACAUGUCAUCUCGAUCUCUCUACUCUCUGGCUGUGGCCAACCACGCACCUUCCGUCUUCAAGACCUGUAACCGCUGGGGUCUUCCCUACGUGGCUGUUGGAACCAGUGCCUUGUUCUCCGGCCUGGCAUACCUUUCGCUAGGAACAUCCAGUUCUAUUGUCUUCAACUGGUUUGUGAAUCUAACCAACACAUCUGGCUUCCUCAGCUGGGCUUGCUGCGCCAUCAUUUAUUUCCGCUUCCUCAAAGCGACCAAAGUACAAGGCGUGGAGAGGCCGUAUAAAUCACGCCUGCAGCCGUGGGGCGCGUAUAUUGCUCUCGUGGGAUCUAUAUUCCUCACCCUUGUCAACGGUUUCACGGUAUUCUUUCCCCAGGAAUGGUCUGUUUCUGGUUUCUUUACUGCCUACAUUGGUAUUCCGGCCUUUGUGGUCUUGUAUGUCGGUCACAGAAUCGUUUACCGUCAUGAGCCUUGGAUGUGGCCAUCGGAAGCUGUCGACCUACAGACUGGGCUGGACGAAGUCAUUGCAGCUGAAAAACCUGAGCGUGUCCGUGAUACUUGGUGGAAAAAACUGAUGAUUGUCAUUGAGUGA